AUGGAGACCACCAACGUUAGCAGCGGGCUGCUUGGCCCGGUCUAUACUGCUCUGCCAGAGAUCGAGUGGAACGGCCGUCAGGGCUUCGCUCUCUUCAUCGUCGCGAUUUUAUCUCUGCAUCUCUUCAAUGUCUUCAAGGAAAGCCUCUUUGGCGUCAAGGCGCCCAUGGUCGGCUAUAGAUCUUUCUUCGAGCCCAAAUGGCUUUUACGUCUGCGAUUUGUGCGAGGCAGCAUGUCUAUCAUCCGCGGCGGUUAUAGCAAGUACAAAGACUCCAUGUUCAAGAUAAGCCGCAAUGAUGCAGACAUCCUCGUUAUCUCGAACAAGUACGUGGACGAGCUUCGGAAUUUGCCAGAGGAAGAGCUCAGCGGCAUCGAGGCACAUAUCAGGAACCUCCUGGGCAGCAUUUCGACUACGCAUGUCAUGCUUGAGACCAACCUGCAUACCCGCGUGCUCCAGACAAAGCUGACCCCAGCUCUGGGUCUGAUAUUUGACGACAUGAAAGAUGAGCUCAAUUUUGCUCUGGAGACCGAGUUACCAGAAUGUAAAGAUAAAUGGGUUCCCAUAUCCAUCAACCAUCUUAUGUUACGGCUCCUCGCUCGGGUUUCGGCUCGCAUAUUCGUCGGUAGGGCCAACUGUCGCAACGAGGAGUGGCUCUCAGCCAGCAUCGACUAUACAGAGAACAUAUUCAUCACAGUCAUGACUCUGCGAAUGAUGCCGCGCUAUCUCCAUCCAUUUGUUGCCCCCCUUUUGCCCUGGUACUGGCGUAUACGCUCCAAUCUGGCCACCGCAAAACGCUUUAUCGGUCCCAUCAUACGCGAGCGUAGGGAGGCCGAGGCCCGGCAAGGGAAGGACUACCAGAAGCAUGAGGACCUCCUCCAGUGGAUGAUGGAUGGGGCAAACGAAAAGGAAAGCAAUCCGGAUAUGAUAGCCCAUAUCGAACUUCUCCUUACGCUGGCCUCAAUCCAUACCUCUUCGAUGGCCACGUCAAAUGUGAUGUACGAUCUUUGUGCUCACCCAGAGUACUUUGAACCCCUUCGAGAGGAAAUGCUCUCUGCACGGCGCGAAGACGGCGGAUGGCGAAAGACUACUUUGACGAAGCUAAGAAAACUUGAUAGCUUCCUUAAGGAGUCUCAACGAAUGAAUCCCCCAAGCCAAUUGGCAUUCAACCGCGUUGUCCGGUCGACCCUCAAACUAUCAGAUGGCACAGUCCUGCCUGCUGGUACACAUUUCAACAUAGCCUCUGACGCUAUCAUGAACGAUCCCGCCAAACUCCCCGGUGGCGGCGACCCGGAAGUCUUCGAUGGGUUCCGCUACGAGCGGCUCCGUAGCGAUCCGGCCCAUCCCGAAAAUGCUAAUCGGUUCCAGCUGGCCAUGACAGACAGCAAUAAUCUACAUUUCGGACACGGGAAGUAUGCAUGCCCGGGGCGGUUUUUCGCCAGCAAUGAAAUCAAGAUGAUCAUCACUGAGCUGCUGUUGCGUUACGACUUUAAGUAUCCGGAGGGACAGGAGAGGCCGCGCAGCCUGAGUGCGGAUGAGAAUUUGUAUCCUGAUCCGGAUGCUAGGGUGUUGAUACGGAGACGAGAAGAAUCUGUUCUGCUGCUAGCUGGUGUCACUGUGAAUCCCACCAUUCUUUCACUAAACAAACUGCAAGACUGCAUUUGGCUUGCAAGGUAUAUAUAUAACUACAUGACCUCUGGAUUCCGCCGGGAGUACUAUGUUAUUAAUGACAAUUGCAGAAACCAGAACGAGGAGACAGUAGUGGUGAAGAGUGUCGGCCACUUUGGAAUCCACAACGAACAGGAUAUUUUUCUUCAUUUCCAAGACAAAACAAAUGUACUUCGUCCGCUGCUUGAUGAGAUCAAAGACUCCUCGGCACCUCAUUCUAUCAUAUUAAGAUACCUGGACGAUGACAUUCUGCACGCUGCUGACUGGGCUACAAUGCAGCUCAUCAGCCUGCUAUAUGGGGAAGGGUUCCACAUCUUUAGACCCGAUGUCCCAGUAGACCAUGAUGAUUACAGCGUCAAGAUUCUCAUGAAGCAUCACCGGUGCUUCGGCCCAUUCCCGGUAUGA